GAUCGCGACCGACGAGCGACUGACAAGCGACCGACGAGCGACCGACGAGCGAGGGCGCGAUUAGCGUUCACACGCCCGUCGCGGCAGCACCUGCAUCACAAGCCGUGGCCUCGUCCCAGGGCGCACACACGCACACUUUCGUCCAGCGUUGUCCUGCAUCCUCGGUAGCCUGCUGGUGUUGCCAUCUCCCUUUCGCCGCCGCUGUCCUCAGUUGCUCAGUGGACGCUCGCGCCCAGUGUCGCCCGCCGGCUGUUUCCCGACCUGCAGCGCUGCGUUGUCUCGUGCUGCGUGAUGGAGCCUCCGCUGCUGCCACUGCUGUUCGUCCUCGUGGCAGGAUCCGCCGCCCAGUUGGCCGUAGGACCCGUGAGCCUGGCGGAUGGUGGGCACGUCAUCUCCUACGACGAGGGUCCUUCUCCCGACAACAGCCUCAUUCGAUGCCCCUACGACCUGCAGGAGGGGCAGCAGGUGAUCGCCGUCAUCUGGGAGCUCCUGAAGGAGGACAAGCGCGCCGGGAGCUACAAGUGGCGGCCCGGCCGCGGAGGAACGAGUGAGUAUCGCGAGUGCGUGUCGCGCGGCGUGCCCCGGCGUGGGCGCGUCCGUCUGUGCGUGACAGUGCUUAUGGAGGAGUUGCUUGCCUCUCCCCCCGGGGGCGCCCUCGCCCACCUGAGCGGGAGGGCACGGGAGGCCGCCGGGGACCCAGCGCCCGGAGGCUCCCCUCAGACCUGGGGGCCCGGCGGCGCCAUCUAG